UUGAUGGGUAGAUUGCAAAAUAAAAGAGGUAAGAAUUCAAAAUAUCAGUGAUUUCCCCUUAAGUGACCAAAUAUUGGGCACUCUACCCUACACUCAAUUUUAGAGUUUCAAAAGUCAAACUCAAAGACCCUUUGCCUUUGUAAAGCCACGCAGCAAAAGUGUUUCAUGUUUUUUCCUAGAAAGUAAAAACCUAUGAUUCUACUGCAUGCAUGAUGGAUGAGCAUACUCAGCUUGCUAUGGCCUUGUCCAUAUCAAUGAUAGGGGAAAAGGAGCAAGGUAGCACAGCCAUAGAAGUACCCAUCAAGGAUCCAGCAGUGAAACCAAAGAAGAAGAGAGGCAGGAAAAAGAAGAAAACAGAUGAGGACCCUGAUGAGCAAACCCGGAUUGCCAUGGCGAUAUCGGCAUCUCUGGCUGAUGAGACGAAGCAGAAGAAUAAAGAUCUUGGGAAGAAUGAAGAGAGACCAGGAAAGAAGACCAGGGCUAAGGCUAAAAAAAAGCUCAAGAAGAUUCAUGCUGAAUUUCCAGUUCUGUUAACAAGGCUAGAUGAUGAACGACAGAAAAUUUUGGAAGGACGCAUCAGUGCUCUUCUGGAACCUAAACACUCUGAGGACAUUAUUUUCUCUGACCAUGUGUUUCAACGGAGUAACAUCAGGACAAAAUAUUCGGACCCCGACAGUCGGCCUCUCACAGAGACCUACCCUGGGAAUAUUAGAAUAAAGUCUGGUCUUCAACUAUGGAAUGCCACUGGAGCAGACCUAUCAUGGAAGCAGACUGGUAGGUCACCCUUCUAUGUGGAGCAGCUGCAGCCAACGAUUGUACCCUUGACUCCAAAAAGCCAUACCAGUCCCAUCUCACAUCAAGUUUUCAGCAAGACUCCUACUGAGACCCCAAGCAAGCAGUCUCCAAAGGCUGCAGUACUAUCAAACGAAGGCAGUGUAGAAGAGAGCUUCAGUACGACGCAGUCCUUGGGUAUGACAGUGCAAUGCCUGGCUGAGCUAGCGGAGGAAGGACUGCAAGACUCAACAUCUCUGUCUCUGUCAUCAGAUAAAUGUGGGUUUAUUCCACAGGAGACAGCUCACAGGGCGGACAGCCCAGAGAAUCGGCUGAGUGAUGACCAGCUGACCCUCUUAGAAGACCUGUCUAGUUUAGUGAACUCACCCACUAUGAGUGAUGCUGUCAUACAGAUAGAUGAUGGCAGUAAACUUCAUGUGCAUAGCUUCAUGAUCCAACUGAGAUGCCCCGCCUUAGCAACGCUUCUGGCUAAACCAUUUGGAAGAAAAAGCACCGGCCUUCCAUCCAUUGUUGUGAGUGAUAUGGGCUAUGAAGCAAUGGAGAAUGUUCUGAGUUAUAUUUAUUCAGCCACUGUCAAUAUUAGUAAUGAUACAGCAGUUGAAACCCACAAAUUUGCUGAAAGAUUUGAAAUGGCAGAUUUAGCCUCACACUGCAAGCCAUAUCUUCAGGAUGACACUGACUCUAAGAUAAGACGGAAAGGAAGUGAGCUGGACAUUGUGGAUAAAGACCUCAACCAACUCAUCGACAGUCUGUGGGAAGAUGAAGAAGAUGACAAGGAGGAGAAAAAUAGAGAUGCUGGUCGAACGUCGGAUGAUGACGUGAAUGAUGCCCUCGACGAUGAUGAGAUCAAAGAGAUUUAUGAGUCAUCCCAACGAUUCAGGACGAUAAUGUUGGAAGAUGAGGAGUUGGAGGAUGAUUCCCCCUUUAGGGAAUUUGUCCACUCUAGUGUCAGCAGCCCGAAGAAUAUCGAGAAUGAUGGUGAAAGGAUGAUGGAUGAGGAGGAGGAGGAGGAGGAGGAGCUUCACAAGAUGAUGUUGACACAAGGGCAUAGACGGAGUAAUACCAGUAGUUACUGUUCCCGUGACAACAGCAAUAGUGAUAAUGAGGAUUGGAGCAUGGCAAUAGAUGAUGAAGUGGUAGUACAAGGUGAAGUAAAUGCCCAAUGUGUGACCCCCUUAGCAAAGAGGACUACUGAUGAAAGGAAAGAUAUGAUUGGAGAGAACUUAAAUGAGUGUACUGAAGACAUCGUUGAUGAAACUCCAAAGGAAACAUAUAAUAGCAGAAGGAGGGUCAGUGUUAGUUCCUCAUCAACAAAUGAAACAAUUACUGAUGAACAUCAUCAUAUAUCGUUCUUGAAUCAGACACUAGUACGUGAGAGUAAUGUCAGUGCAAUAUCCAUGACGGACCGUCAGAAGAAAAGGAAGGCAUCCCCAGAAACUUCAAACAUAUCUAAGGGUGGCAGUAUGGGUUUAGAAUGUGGUGAUGGGGUCAAAGUUUUGCAUAAGCGCUUUUUGGAUGCUGGUGUAGAGCACUCAGAGAGUCCUGAUGACGAAGUACUAUUCCUUCGGAUGGAUUCUGCAGAAUCUGAGAGUGAUGGGCGGAACAGAACUUUGGAGAAGAGUCUGCAAAGUGUACGGGAAACAAGUUUACAGGUAGAAAAUAGUACAGGGUUGAACGGUAAGGUCCAAGAUCGUGGCUUUGAAGACACUGAUCAAGGGAGAUUAAGUUCUUCAAGGAAAAAAAACUGUUGA